AUGGCUUCGGAUAGCAUCCCCUUCAGCCUCCGCCCCGUCCACUUCCCCGGCACUGAUUCUCCACCCUUUCCUCACGAAUUCCCUCCUCAUGAUUUUUCCUCCCCCUUCGAACCGACAAACUACUCCACCUGGGCUCUCUUCGGCGCCGGCAAAAGCGAAACGCGGCCAGCCAAACUCUCCUCCACUGGGCAUGCUGGCGACCGCCGUCUCACGGCCAAGAUCAUCAUCGAAGUUGCCGUCAGCAUGAGCCGCCAGGUCGACGGACUGUUCAAGGACGGCUUCCUACCCAUCGCCACACUGCAGGAGAUGAAGGGUCUGUACACUGUUCUUCGAGACUGGGCUACGACGAUCUCGCCUGAAUCACAUCCUUGGCUGGCCGGUCAGGGCAAGAUCUUGGCAAUCGAGCAUGAUCAUGUCAUGGCCUGCGCGAUGAAGCAGGUGCGUGAGCUGCUCCAUCGUCUUACGUCCGGCGUGUUUCCAUCGCCAGCAUCGAGGAGCAGGCUGGACCAAUUCGAUCAGCUCGAUCACCUAGCCGACGUCCUGAUUUCGCAAGAGGAUGCUGCCAAAGCCAAACUCGGGAUUCUGAUGGAUAAGACGCGGCUGAGUGACUCCGCGGUGUUCGAUGCUUUGAAUGUGCUUGUCUACGGCGUCAGUGUAGACCGGCAGGGCUGCGCGAUGACCGAGCGGCGAAGGCCGAGAAAGACGAAGAUGGGGGACGGGAUGACAGGAUGCUGGGAUUGCGGAACGACUGGUAACUGCAAGGACAGCUGCGGGAGCCGGGACCAUGCGAGUAAGCUCGGGAGGGGGCUGAAUGAGGGCAGGAAGCACAGGCGGUUCUUGCAGCAUCCGGAGGCCUUGAAGCCCGGAAGGCCAGGAUACGUGAGGAGGGCAAGAACAGAAGGGCCACACGCUGUACAUGGAUCUUCGAAGAUUCUGGCGGCGAGGCCGAUUGGGCCGCUGAGGACGCAGUCGGAGAUGGCAGAGGAAUCUGGUAGCCCGCCGCGGCCCCGGUCGAAUUUGAAUGAGAAGGGUGAGAUCAGGAGCAUCCCAGAUCCUAGGUACAAGGGCCUACCACAGUCUCUCUACGGUCAGAAGGAUGUCGAGAUUCAAGUCGUCGCGCUUGCGCACGAAUUUGCAGAUAUGAACAAUCGCAUGCAGUACUUGCUGCAAGCGGUAACGAAGCUGGCCGCUUCUAACCCUGCUGUUGAAUUUGGGGUCGAUUCUGUCACCCGGAAGCUCUCUACCACCGCCGUCGACGGGCCCCUUCCAAAGCGUGGUGCCGAGGAUAUGGCAGCAAUUAUAUCUAGGAAGCACUCAACAGCUGCUGAGACUGAGCUACUGUCGGACCACCAGGCGGACGCCGUGGAACAGUACUUCCACAUGCAGCUACCCAGCAAUGUCGACACCGAGCCAUUCCCAGCUUACGAUCCGGAAAUUGCAGGUGACGAUGUGUUCGAGGCCGCACGGCACGAUGUACGCUGGGCAGCGUCUCCCAACGUUCCCGACACUGAGAGAUUUCCAAAGUAUGGCUACGAGGCCGGCGAGGACAGCAUGUUGGGAAAUUUGUUUACCAACGCCGACGCCAGGCCACCCCCAGGGUGCGAUUCUGUUAGUGCAGACCACCAGGUCUCUAGGAGGUCAUCCAACGUCGGCGGCCUCAAGUCCUUUCCGAGACACAAGCUUCGGAGGACGGCGACCAUGCCAAUCGAGCACACCUACAUGGACGAGCAUCUGCUCAGCAAGACGCCAGUGUGCGGUACCAACCAAUCUUCCGACCACACGCUAUUAUGGCAUCCACUCUACAGCAAGGGAGGAGAUCGGUUCCGUCAAAUUUUCGACGACCGAGAUCCACCACGAGCCAAAGCCCGUCGCGAAUACAACCCUCUCCCGCAAAUUUUUGAUGACCUUGACGAUCUGGUGGAUUUGAUGAGCAGACUGGCAACACUCCAAAGGAACGGAAAAUUCGCUGGCUAUUGGCCAAAGGUUGAAAGGAAUGUCUUUGCGAAGCAGGCCGGCGCCGCCGCCGACUUCGAACCUUUAUCUCAGGACUGUCAUAAGACUGCGGGCGAAAACUACUUGACGCCGAUGACGACUAUUGAAAGCCAGGCAUGGAGUGAGAACGCAGAGGCUGUGAUAAUUGAUUUGACACCAAUGAUGACAAUGGAUAGUUGGGCGGAGGGUGAGAAGGUGAAGGGUGUUAGCUUAGAGGUUGCUGACGGGGAGAGGGCCAUGCCGGAGUGGUGGACGAUUUUUGACUAG